AUGUCUACCGGAGACCCUGGGUCCCCACUGCCGGCACCGCCACCACCGGUAUCCGCCACCAGCGUCCAGCCCCCCCGCGACCGGAUCCCGAUAAGCUCGAAGAAGACGCAAGUCACGGGCCCCGCCACCGCCGCACCCAACUAUGCUGCCGCUGCGAGUCAGAUGGCGGCUCAAACACCUGAACAACAGCAACAACAACAACAGCGUGCCAAGGCUCUGGGCAGCCUCCUACAAGCCAUGGGUGCUGUACCCGGAAACCGUAUGGAUCGCUGGGUCCAGGCCAUCUACUUCGCCGAACUCUACCCCGUCGCCACCGCCACAUCGCUGAAAUUUUCGGCCUUGAACGCGAACCGGUCCGUCGAGAACAUCUUCGAUUACGCCCUUGAAGUGACUCUGUCUCACCAGAGCGCCUCGCGAGCGACUCAUGCCGACAAGAUCGAUCUCGUGGCCUGCGUCACGAGGCUGCUAUCGCCCAUCUCUCCUAUCUGCUUUGAGCCUGGAGUUCCUCUGCCGGACCAUCUUGCGGCUUAUCAACCACAGAUCUUAGGCGUACAACAUUCAUCAAUCCUGCGUAAUGGGGCGGCUCACCAUCGCGUUACGGUUGGGUUCGUCACCGGCGAGGCACGUGACGCGGCGCUCACGACGCCCCCCGCUCUCACUUGGCGAUCGGCGAAGGCCCGCUUCGCGAAGUCUCACAGGUUCCACCAUAACAUGGUCGAGCUUCGAAUCAACGUCGGUGUUCAAGGAGUGCCCUCCAUGGAUGCCAUCAUCAAAUCGUUCCAAUCACUUGUGCAAGACCUGUCAGGCAAGGGACAUUCAUGCCAACUUGUGCAGGUUCUGCGCGUUAUCAGCGUGGACAACGCCUCGGCCUUCGCCCACGUUGCCGGAGACUACUCGGCUUUCCUACACUUCGAUGACGACUCCCUAUUCCAACGCCCCAACACGACCUUGAAGGAGAUUCUACCUUCGAGGAUCGACCUUCCCACUCGAGGCAUCCCGGUUACCGCCCUUCGCCAUGACUAUGAGAAGGAGGCGGCUUGCGGUAGGUGCCACUUUGUGGGUCACGUGGGAACCUGCGGACUGGAUCAGGAGAGGAAGCGGAAGGAGGCUCACAACGGCAUCAUCAACAGCAACAAAAACACCAUCACCCACAACACCAACAUCGCGGAGGCCGAGGCCCCCAUUCCUGUGCUGGUUGUUAACAGGAUCGCAUCACAGAAUCACUUCGCCGGGCUCGAGGUCGAGGAGGGACAGGAGGAAGAGGUAACUGGCCAGGGCGAACAGGGACCGGAGGAAUCGGGGGAGGAAGACGCUGGUGAUAAGGCGGAUGACGAGGACUCGGAGGACUCGGAGAUGGAAUCGGAGGCGGCCGCGAAAACGGAGGUCAUCAAAAUUGAAAGCGAGGACGAGUCGGUCUUGGAGGACUGCAGCGGAUCCGAUGGAGAGGUGAUUGAUGAGAAUGAGGUGAUGGCGGAUGAAAGAGGUGAAACGGAAGGAGAGGUGGCUACGGAGAUGGAGGAAGAGGAGGUGGCGACGGAGGUGGGCGAUGUGGACGAAGCGAGGGGAUCGACGAAAGCGGAGAAUGCGGAAGCGACGGACUUAGGGGAAACGAACAGGCUGGACAAUGACGACGACAGCGACGCCACAGCAACCGCCGCCACCGCUUCCCGCGAAUCGACGCCGCAUGAACCAACCCCACCUCUGUCACCCGAAACUCUCGCCAAGUCGCUACGCGAGGGGGAGGAGUGGGACAGGAUCAGAGCUAACUGGGUUGAGCAGGCACGACUUGAGCGGGACCAAAGCAUCGAGAGGAGGCUCAACGCUGAAACCCCUCUGGUGCGUCACAACUUUGCCACGUGGGACGAGGACGGUGAGAUACGCUCCAUCAACAUCAGGGGGACCGCUGCGAAGUUCAAGAAGCAGGUGAUGAAGAGGUCGCAGACUGCGGCGGACCUCAGUGACCCAAGUGACGAACCGACCGACGCCAAGCGAGUCAUCAUCAAAGGGAAGAGCCGCGUCGUGGUGAAGGAUGGAAUAGAGGGGCGGAGGGUGACGAGGUCGAUGUCGGCGGCAGCGGCGAUGCAGGUCGAGGUGACGAAGGUGGACAGAGGGAAAGGAAGAGGGGUAGCUGAGGAAAAACGAUGGUCCGACCACGAGCCCGAGGACGAUGUCCUGCCCGCCCUUCCCCUCUUUGAGGACGUCACCACCGCCAAGAGCGCCUCGACCUCGACUACCCAUUAAUGAUCAAGCACACCAUCAUCACCUGGAACGGAAGAAGGGGCAUGGGGGUCCCGGAAAAACGACGUAAUAUCUACACCUACCUUUCCACAUUCAAAGCUUCCGCGAUUCUCUUACAAGAGCAUUUCAUCAGACCACAAUUCUGGCAGCUCAUCAAGGACGAGUACGAGGGCAAGCUCUUCAUCAACCAGCACUGCCUGACCCUGAUCCCGGCCGACUCGCCCCUGAUCGACGCCGAGCUCUUGCGCACCCACUCGGCACUCGACGGCCGGCUCCUCGUCACCUCCUUUCGUCUGCGGGGCGACAUCAAAAUUCUAGAAAUCAAUAACCUCUACGCGCCCGUUGACCCAAAACAACGAGCAAAAUUCUUCGACAAACUGAUCCUCCACAAAACACAGAAAUCCCACCUCCGACUCCUUGGCGGCGAUCUCAACGACUGCCCGCGCCCAGAAGUCGAUCGGCGGAACCAAAGUCGGCGCGGCCACCACUGGCCGAUUCUGAUGGGCAAGCUCGACUCGGCCUACACGGACUGCAUCCGCUACAAGCACCCCAUCACCCCAUCUUUCACUCGACCUAAUCCCAAUCGCAAGCGACCCAACUCCUUCUCCCGGCUUGACUACUUUCUCCUACAAAGAGCUCACCAAAAAAGGCUCGACCAGGCCUCGACGAUCUACGACUAUCCCAAGGAUCUUUCCGAUCACCGACCGGUCUUGAUCGUACUGGCUCUCUCAGACGAUCUUGAUGCGGCUCUCCCACAGCUCAGCCUACCUACCACAUCCAACCAACUACAUCGAAUCAAUACCACAACCUUCAAGACGGUGGAAUUUCAGCGGAUGAUGGAAGGAUGGUUGGAAGGGGCAAGCGGGGAGGAUCCGGUGCGAGAGCUUGAGGAGGUUCUGGAGGCGUGCAGGGACAGGGGUGGGGAGAUGGCGAGGAGGCUGCAUCGGGAGCGGACGGAACGGAUGGAGUAUUUGGUGGGGAGGGUGCAGGAUCUGGAGGCGUUACCGGUAUGGGGGGAGGCGGAAACGGCAGAAUGGACAAGGACGUCCGAGGAACUCAAGCGGGCGGUCGAGGAGCGCGCGCGCCUACUCCGGAUCCGAGCCCACGUCCCCGAGAUCGCUUCCGAGGAACGACUGUCGCGGCCGGUCCACGCCAAGCUCGCGGCGCGGAACUCGGACUCCAAGAUCACAGCACUGCGCUUGGGCAACGGAGAGCUAACGCAUGACAUUGAUGUCGCUCUUGACCACACGCAGGCGCAUUUCCAGCGCCUCUACCACAUCGAGCCUCGUGAUCCGGAACGCGUCGACCGACUUCGGGACGAACUCCUCGUGCCGAUCAGGGCGGCACGGACUUGCGACGACCCGCGCUCAGAUCCGCUCUUUCUGCGCCGACUCUCGGAAGCGCAGAUUGAUCUCCUCCAGCAACCCAUCACCGAGGACGAGGUCGUGGCCGCGAUCGGGACGACGCACCCGGGGCGAUCGCCGGGCCCGUCGGGCGUGCCUUACGAACUCUAUCAGACCGCACCGGAGGCGUGGUCCAAGGUGCUGACCAAGGCCUACAACGCGAUGAUCGAGCGCGGUUCACUCUCUCCCAAGCAGGGCCAGGGACUCGUGCGCCUCAUCUUCAAGCGCCACAAGAAGAAUGUCGAUCGCGCCGAACUCUCGUCGUAUCGCCCCAUCACCCUGCGCGAGUGCGAUUACAAGAUUUUUACCAAGGUCUACGUCGCCCGAUUGAACCAAAUUCUGCCCGAUCUCCUCCCGCCGCAGCAGCACGGCUUCGUCAAGGACCGCCGAUCGGCCGACGCUGCACUACACCUUCGUCUCCUGAUCGAGGAACUUGGCGCGCGCAGGACCGAGUUCCCCGCGGCCGCGCUCUUGUCUCUUGACCAAUCAUCCGCCUACGACCUCGUCGAGCAUGACUGGAUCUUUGCCAUCUUCGACGCUCUGGGCGCUCCUACCACCUUUCUUCGCGUGCUGAGGAUGCUCUACUCGGGUGACUCGACCUCGGCGCGCUACAUCAUCAAUGGGUUCCUGACGGCGCCGGUGCGACUGACGUGUGGGCUCGGCCAAGGGGACCCGGCGUCAUCGUCGGUCUGGGACAUCGUGUUUCAGCCGUUCCUGGAUGCUCUACACCGUCGAAACAUCGCGCUGAAUCUCUCCAUACCUGCACUUCAUCCGUACCCACAGAGCCGCGCCAUUACAUCACUUGCAUUUGCCGAUGACGUUGUCGUCGCCGUCGCGGGCUUGGAGUCACUCAACUUGCUCGAUGACCUGGCGCUCGACUGGAGGCAUGCAACGAAUGGCCGGCUCAACACGGACAAGACGGUCGUCCUACCGAUUGGACGUCGCUGGGACCCUGGGGAACGGCCAAUCGUCGUCAAGGCCGCAGGCGAGUCGCUCGAGUGGAUCGGCCUCCCCUUCGACCCCAGCGGCGACACCGAACUCGCCUACGCGAAUCUCAUCGAACGGCUCGAGGCGACGCUGGAAGCGGUUCAGCAUCGCUGGCUCACGCACCACACCCGUGCCUUUUACGUCAAUCGGUACGCCAUUCCCAAGAUCCUGCAUUUCCUUGCAGCCGACAUCCCGCCGCCCGAAGUCGUCAAGAAGCUCGAUGACAUGCUCGUCGAUUUCGUCCGUGGGGGCAAGGGCAGGACCAGCUACGGCAGAGACAUUGUGUUCACCGCCAAGAACAAGGGGGGACUCGGGGUGAUAAGGAUGCGGGACGUUGUGGACGCGGUUGCGGCACGGCUCUGGGACGUUCUUCUCGGCGGUUCCGGCGCGAUUUGGCAAGGACUUGCGCGCGCAUCACUCCAGCGAGCUCAGCCCGACCUCGACCUGGCCACCGAUCUCUGGCCACAUCCAUCCACUCCCAUCCCCAACGACCUUCAUCCCCGAUGGCACGCCGCACUGGGCGUUCCGAAACUUCACGACGCGCAGGUCAACCCGAGGGCCUUGACCACCGCGAACUUGCUCGCGCUGCCCACCCUGCUCGGCAGCCUCCACACCCCCAUCAGAGGGAGACAGACCAUCGACGCGGUUCAUGUACCUGACUACCUUCGUCUCCAGGGCUACCCGAAGGUGGCGGAUCUCUAUCGACGCGAGUUGUAUGCGGGUGGGGGGUUUCACCUCUGGACGCCGCCGGCGGAUGUGCUCGGCGACAACAGCGAAUACGAUCGACGCGGGCUCCCGCAGCGACUGGCAAUCGCGGCCUGGUACCGGUUCACUGUCGAUCGACACAAGAACACCCCCUUGGCGGCGGCGGUGGCGGCGGGACGACUCAACGUGCCUCCCCGGAUCGGCACCAGCGCACCGCUCGAGGCGAUCAUCCCCAAGCCCGUGGCCCGCUUCGCAAUGGAGCAGCGCCUUCCGGACCCGGUGCUUCCACAACAGGCGAGCCAGUAUACGCUGCUGAACAUGGCUCGCCCCUACACAGUCCGUCGCAUCCGCCGGGUCCUGAACGCGAAGGCAUUUACCAACAUGCUCGGGCUCAAGGGACCACCGCAGCCGGACGACCUCAGGAGCUUCUGGAAGGCAGUCAACUCGAAGGCACUGACGGCGAGGGAGAGGGAAGUUUGGUUCAAGCUGAUCCUCCGCUUCACCCCGACGCGCAAACUCCAGCACGAGCAAAAGCACGACACUUCUCCCGCGUGCCUCGUGUGCGAAGCGCCGGUGGACGACACCGAUCACUACUUCUUCGGCUGCGUCGACUCGCGGAACAUCUGGACCGCGGCAAGGGGCGUGCUCUGCGACGCGCUCGGAUGCGACACGAUCGAGGACGCCGAGUACACGACACUACAACGACUCUUUGGCCUCCCCAAGCUCAAGGCCAAGCUCAGCGAACAGGAAGGCGCAGGCAGGACGAUCGAGAUCUUCACGGGGAUGGUCUUGGAGAUGAUCAGCAGUGGGAGAUGGAGGAUGCAGAAGCACGGGACGAGGAUGGAAAGCCUGGAGCGGAGGAGGGUGGUACUGGAGGAGAGGAUGAAGUUGAGGGCGGGGGGAGCAAGGGGCGGGCGAGGGCAGUAGAGGCUGGGUUCGAUUUCCCCCCACCCGAUCCCACACUCACACACCCCACAUCACACAUCCUCUUACAAAAACUGUAUACUAAAUAUAUUUUCUUCAUCUUUCUUUCUUUUAUUACAGGUCUGCCUCCGUUGCUCAUGGACCGGCUCGCGAUUUGGGAUUGACUCGACGGUGGCUCGCGCUCUUUGGCUUCGGGGUUCUGAGUCAAGGGAGGGAUCAGCAGACACAGGCAGAAAGUCGGCUUUGAGGGGCCAGGGACUGCUGAGGUGGAGGUUUUGAGGGGCCUCCACCGCGUCUUGUUGUGACCGAGCAUAGACUUGGGGACUUCGCGGGUCAGGGUAGCUGCGCAGUCGCUCUCCUGUCUUUGUCUCGACCGAGUUGGGAAGUGGGUGCGGGGUGGGCCUCUUGUCGUUAGUACGCCAGUUCUUUUUCAUUUUCUCUCUCUCUCCUUCUCUCUCUCAUUCGUCUCCUGGGGGGGAGCAACCGCUUGGCUGGGGCACUUGAAUCCGAAGUAUCGGAUUGGUGGACUUGGCCCGUUUCUCGCAUCUUGCGGGCGGUUUGUGUUAUCAUCGUCGACUUCCAUCUAGUUUUUCCGUAGGCCGAAACAGGGGGAACAGGAAUUGGGGGCAAUAUGAUGAACGUUUUCUACAAAAAAAAAAAAAAGGGUUUCCCGCGAGUCGACUCCUCGGAGUCCCUCGUGGCCUCCACUAUCUCCUGAGACGUUGGCAAAGUCGCUGCGCGAGGGUGCGGAGUGGGACCGAGCUAACGCCGAAGCUGCUGCACGUGUCCAAGCAGAAAAGGAGGCGAUCAUCAACGCCCAACUCGACGCGGAGGAACCGCUCGUUCGCCACCAAUUUGCAGAGUGGGGUCAGGAAGAUGGACAACUGCGAUUCAUCAACAUUCGUGGCACCGGCUCCGGGUCGAACAAGAAGAUGAAGAGGUCGCAAACGGUGGCCGAUCUCAGCGAUCCGAGCGACGACCCGGUCGAUAUCAAGCGCGUUCUGAACAGGGUCAAAGGUCGAGCAGGAAAGGAGGUAGCGGGUCAGGGGAAGAGGGUGACGAGGUCGAUGUCGGCGGCGGCGGCGAUGCAGGUCGAGGGGGCCAAGGCGAAAGCGGAGAAGGGUAAAGGGGUGGAGGAGGAGAAGCGCUGGUCCGACCACGAGCCCGAGGAUGACAUUCUCCCCGAAUUCCCACUCUUUGAGGACGACACUACCGCCAAGAGCACGUCUACAUCGUCUACCCAAUAAUGAUCAAGCACACCAUCACCAGCUGGAACGUGAGGAGGUGCAUGGGGAUCCCGGAAAAGCGACGCAACAUUUACACCUAUUUAUCAACAUUCAAAGCAUCCGCCAUUCUACUACAAGAACACUUCAUCAAACCGGAACUCUGGCAAUGUAUCAAGGACGAGUACGAGGGCAAGGUCUUCAUCAGCAAACACUGUCUGACUCUGAUCCCCGCCGACUCGCCCCUGAUCGACGCCGAGAUUUUGCGCACCCACUCGGCACUCGACGGACGAAUCCUGGUCACCUCCUUUCGACUUCGAGGCGACAUCCGGAUACUCGAGAUCAACAACAUUUACGCACCAGUCGAUACAAAACAACGACUCACAUUCUUUGACAAACUACAUUUCCACAGGACGCAGAGCACCCACCUUCGACUCCUCGGCGGCGAUCUCAACGACUGCCCGCUGCCGGCGAUCGAUCGGCGGAACCAAGGUCGGCACGGCCAUCACUGGCCGAUCCUGAUCGGCAAGCUCGACUCGCCCUACACCGACUGCAUACGAUUCAAACACCCGCUCACACCAUCUUUCACUCGACCCAACAUCGUCCGCAAGCGACCAAAGUCCUUUUCACGACUUGACUACUUCCUUCUGCAGCGCACCCACCAAAAGCGACUCGUCCAAGCCUCGACGAUCUACGACCACCCCAAGGACCUUUCGGAUCACCGACCGGUCUCGAUCGUCCUAGUUCUCUCGGACGAGCGAGGAGACGCGGCUCAACCCAACAACAGUUUACCAACGACAUCAAACCAAUUACAUCGUAUCAACGCGGCGACCUUCAAGACGGCGGAGUUCCAGGGGAUGUUGGAAGGAUGGUUGGAAGGAGCGAGUGGGGAGGAACCGGUGGGGGAGCUCGAGGUGGUGCUGGGGAACUGCGCGAAGGAGGGUCGGGAGCUGGCGAGGAGGGAGCAUCGGGAGCGGGUGGAGCGGAUGGCGGUCUUGGUGGGAAGGGUGCAGGAUCUGGAGGCGUUGCCGGUGAUGGGGGACGAGGAGACGGCCGAAUGGACGCGGACGACGGAGGAACUUAGGCGAGCGGUCAACGAGCGCGCGCGCCAACUUCGGAUCCGAGCCCACGUACCCGAAAUCGCUACCGAGGAACGACUGUCGCGGCCGGUCCACGCCAAGCUCGCGGCACGGAGUUCGGAUUCCAAGAUCACAGCACUGCGAUUGCCCAACGGAGAGCUGACACAUGACAUUGACGUCGCGCUUGACCACACACAGGCGCACUUUCAGCGCCUCUACGAUCUCGAGCCGCGCGAUCGGGACCACGUCGAGCGACUUAGGGACGAUUUCUUGGCGCCGAUCAGGUCGGCGCGCACUUGCGACGACCCGAGCUCGGACCCGCUCUUUCUGCGACGACUCUCGGAAGCGCACAUCGAGCUGCUGCAGCAACCCAUCACCGAGGACGAGGUCGUAGCCGCAAUCGCAACAACACACCCCGGUCGAUCGCCGGGUCCAUCUGGCGUGCCCUACGAGCUCUAUCACACAGCGCCGCGGGCGUGGGCCAAGGCGCUGAGCAGGGCCUUCAACGCGAUGACCGAGCGCGGCUCGCUUUCACCGAAGCAGGGGCAAGGACUCGCUCGCCUGCUCUUCAAGCACCACAAGAUCGGGGCCGAUCGCGCCGAGCUCUCGUCGUACCGGCCCAUCACCUUGCGCGAGUGCGACUACAAGCUCUUCACCAAGGUCUACGUUGCGCGACUCAACCACGUGCUGCCGGACCUGCUCCCACCGCAACAGCACGGCUUCGUCAAGGGCCGCCGAUCGGCGGACGCGUCAUUCCACCUGCGACUCUUGAUCGAGGAGCUGGGCGCGCGCGGCACCGAGUUCCCUGACGCGGCGCUCUUGUCUCUUGACCAAUCGUCGGCUUACGACCUCGUCGAGCACGAAUGGAUCUUCGCCAUCUUCGACGCUCUCGGCGCUCCUGCCGCCUUCCAACGCGUUCUGAGGAUGCUCUACUCGGGUGACUCAACCACGGCGCGAUAUAUCAUCAACGGCUUCUUGACUCCGCCGGUGCGGCUGACGUGUGGGCUCGGCCAAGGGGACCCGGCGUCGUCGUCGGUCUGGGAUGUCGUGUUCCAGCCGUUCCUGGAUGCUCUGCACCGUCGAGGCAUCGCGCUGAACCUCUCGCUUCCUACCAUUCACCCCUACCCACAGAGCCGCGCCAUUACAUCCCUUGCGUUUGCCGAUGACGUCGUCGUCGCCGUCGCGGGCUCGGAGUCACUCAACUUGCUCGACGACCUGGCGCUCGACUGGAGGCUCGCAACCAAUGGCCGGCUCAACACCGACAAGACCGUCGUACUACCCAUCGGGUGUCGCUGGGAGGCUGGCGAUCGUCCGCUCGUCGUCAAGGCCGAGGGCGAGUCGCUCGAGUGGAUCGGCCUAUCUUUCGACCCCACCGGCAACACCGAACUCGCCAACGUGAAUCUCGUCGCACGGCUCGAAGCGGUGCUCGAUUCGGCACGGGACCGAGGGCUCACACACCACACCCGAGCGUUCUACGUCAACCGAUACGCCAUUCCCAAGAUUCUGCACAUCCUCUCCGCCGACAUCCCACCGCUCGAGGUCGUCAAGGAGCUUGAUCGCAUUCUCGCCGACUUUGUCCGCGGCGGCAAGAGGAGGUCGUGCUAUGGCAAGGACGUCGUCUUCACACCGAGGUUCAAGGGGGGUCUUGGGGUCAUGCGGAUGCAGGACGUCGUCGACUCGGUUGCGGCACGCGUCUGGGACGUGCUUCUUGGCGGUUCGGAUGCGAUCUGGCAGGGACUUGCGCGCGCGGCGAUUGUACGAGCCCAUCCCGCCCCCGACUUUGACUUGGCAACCGAUGCGUGGCCUUGCGACUACACUCCGAUCCGAACCGAUCUACACCCAAGAUGGCAGGCCGUGCUGAAGGUACCAUCGACGCACAAUGCGCAAGUCAAGCCGAGGACGUUGACGCUCGCGAACCUUCUCGCUCUUCCGAUCAAGUUGCACACCCUUCACUACCUACCGGGAGCACCAGCUGUGUCGCGACCACCCUACGACGCCGACUAUGCUGCGUUUGCCAUUUACGCCAAGGUAGCGGACCUGUUUCGACGCGAGCUGUACCCGGGCGGGGGCUUUCAUCUCUGGACGCCGCCGACGGAUGUGGUCGUCAGCAACAGCGAAUACGAUCAACGGGGCCGCCCACAACGAGAGCACAUCGUGGCAUGGUACCGACAUGCGAUCAAUCGAUUGAGGUUCACACCAAUAGCUCAACCGGUGGCGGCAGUACGAAUCAACGGGCCUCCCCGAGUCCGCCCCACCACGCCGCUCGAGUCGAUCCUGCCCCAUCCGAUCGACCCGCCGCAGCGCUUUCCGAGACCGGCUCUCCCAGACCAAUCAACACAAUACAACUUGCUCAGCAUGGAUCGGCCAUACACCAUCCGUCGCGUCCGCCGAGUCUUGAAUGCAAAGGCCUUCACCGACACGAUCGGUUUCAGGGACUCGCUGCAGCCCGACGAUCUCAAGGGAUUCUGGAAGGGGGUCAACUCGAAGGCAUUGACGGCGAGGGAACGCGAGGUGUGGUUCAAGCUCGUCAGGAACUUCACCCCGACUCGGAGUCUGCAGUUUCAUCAAAAGCACGACGACUCGCCCGCGUGCCUCGUCUGUGGAGCGCCCAAGGACGAUCGGGAGCACUACUUCUUCGACUGCGUUGACUCUAGGAACGUUUGGAUCGCGGCAAGGGGCGUGCUCUGCGACGCACUGGGGCUCGACACGAUCGACAACACGCAUUACACGGCCGUUCAACGCAUGUUCGGACUUCCGAAGCUCAAGGCCAGUCUGCGCGAUCAGGAAGGAGCGGGGAGGACGAUCGAAAUAUUCACCGGGCUGGUCUUGGAGAUGAUCAGCAGCGGGAGGUGGGGGACGCAGAAGUGGGGGACGAGGCUGGAGGGUGUUGGGAGGAGGAGGAUCAUCUUGGAGGAGAGGUUGAAGCUGAGGGCGGGAGGAGCUUGGGGGAGGAGAGGGCAGUAGAGGCUGGGUUCGAUUUCCCCCCACCCGAUCCCACACUCACACACCCCACAUCACACAUCCUCUUACAAAAACUGUAUACUAAAUAUAUUUUCUUCAUCUUUCUUUCUUUUAUUACAGGUCUGCCUCCGUUGCUCAUGGACCGGCUCGCGAUUUGGGAUUGACUCGACGGUGGCUCGCGCUCUCUGGCUUCGGGGUUCUGAGUGUAAGGGAGGGAUCAGCAGACACAGGCAGAAAGUCGGCUUUGAGGGGCCAGGGACUGCUGAGGUGGAGGUUUUGAGGGGCCUCCACCGCGUCUUGUUGUGACCGAGCAUAGACUUGGGAUUUCGCGGGUCAGGGUAGCUGCGCAGUCGCUCUCCUGUCUUUGUCUCGACCGAGUUGGGAAGUGGGUGCGGGGUGGGCCUCUUGUCGUUAGUACGCCAGUUCUUUUUCAUUUUCUCUCUCUCUCCUUCUCUCUCUCAUUCGUCUCCUGGGGGGAGCAACCGCUUGGCUGGGGCACUUGAAUCCGAAGUAUCGGAUUGGUGGACUUGGCCCGUUUCUCGCAUCUUGCGGGCGGUUUGUGUUAUCAUCGUCGACUUCCAUCUAGUUUUUCCGUAGGCCAAUCAGGGGGAACAGGAAUUGGGGGCAAUAUGAUGAACGGUUUCUACAAAAAAAAAAAAAAGCCGCGUCGACGAGGUCUAUCAAAGGCUCGAGGGGACCGCUCCGCUCGGCGACGUCUAUGACGCCGCUCUGCGGGCGGUUGCAGUCGCUGGCCAUGCACGAUACCGCUCGACUCGUGCCGACAUGCGCCGACUGCGGGCCGAGAGCCAAUCCGUCAUGGAGGCUUUGGAGGCACGCGGUGAGCACAUGAAUGAGGCCGAGCGCGAUGCGUAUGCUCUUGCCAAGUCGCGGUUGGACCAGUUGGCGGUAAAGGAGGCUCAGUGGCUGCGCAUUCGUGCGCAUGUGCCGUCAGUCGACUCGAGGGAAGGUCAAUCGGCAAGCAUUCGCACGCGCCUCAACCGCCGGAGUCGCCAGACGAGCAUCGUCUCGCUGGAGGAUGUGGAUGGCACCGAGACCGUUGACAUGCAGGAGGCGCUGGGUAUUGCUUCACGGCACGCGCAGUCGCUCUUCACGCCGGACCCAGCUCGUGGCGACCCGACGAACGCACGCCGGUCCCUGCUCGACCCUAUUCGCGCAGCGAAAUGCUACGAUGACGACCGCUCGGACCCUACGUUCGGUCGUCGGCUGCCUCGUCAAGCGAGAGUGGCGCUUGACGAGCCCUUCACCCUCCUCGAGGUUGAAGCGGCGUUGAAGAAGACGGAUUCGGGGCGAUCACCGGGGCCCUCGGGCAUUCCGUACGAGCUCUUCAAGGCGCUCCCAACCUACUUUGCUCCCAAGCUGUUGGACUUGUUCAACUCGAUUUGGGAGGGCGGCAAAAUGACGGCGUCCUUGGCAGAGGGGCUGGUGCGGCUCUUGCCCAAGAAUAAACCGGGGGCCAAUCUGAAAUCACUGGGGGCAUACCGACCGAUCACAUUGCGCGAGACGACCUACAAGGUCCUCAGCAAGGUCUUGGUGGCGCGACUCAAUGGGGUGCUCGGCGAGCUUUUACCGCCGGCGCAACACGGUUUCAUGCCAUCAAGACGUUCAGCGGACGCGGGAAGUCAUCUCACUCUCCUUCUCGAAAAACUCAAGUCGCUAGGCACUGAUGUUUUCCCCGAGGGCGCCCUCUUGUCUUUGGAUCAGCAGAGCGCGUACGAUCGGGUCGAUCACGCCUGGAUCUUCGAGGUCUUUGAGGCCUUUGGGUUCGGUGAGCGUUUCAUCUCGCUGCUGCGCGCUCUCUACGAUCCCGAGACUCUGGGGGUGCGCUACCUUGUCAAUGGGUUCCCCACGGACUUGGUGCGGUUGCUGUGUGGUCUCGGUCAGGGGGAUCCCCUCUCGUGCCCGGUUUGGAACAUCACGUACCAGCCCUUCCUCGACGCCCUCGUUCGGCGCGGGAUCGCGCUCGACCUGCAGAAGGUGUGGCCAGGGGGGCCGCGUGCGCAGCUUACGCAUCUGGCGUUUGCCGACGAUGCUGUGGUGGUGGUGGAGUCACCGGCGGCAUUGUCGAAGCUGCAAACGCUGUCGCAGACGUGGUACGAGGCUACCAACGGGAAGACCAACACGGACAAGACGCUGGUGCUACCACUCGGACCGAACUGGCUUCGGGACGAGACUGCGCAGGCGCUGCCAACGGUGCAGGAGGGGGAGAGCUUCAAGUGGUGCGGCUAUGCCUUCUUUCGCCACGGUGACUCGAAACUGUUUUGGACCCAUGUUCUUGACAGGAUCAAGGCCAAGGCCCGCGCCGCUCGAGACCGGACACUUUCGCCGAGUGGGAAGGUUUUCUAUGCCAACGCUCACAUCAUCUCGACGGUCCUCCACGUGCUGUCCUUCGACAUACCGCCUCAAUGGUUCAUUAAGGCGGCGGAGACGGCACUUACGGACUUUGUCUGGGGAGGAGCAGGGCGAAAUACCGUCGCUCGCGAUUUCGUGUUCCAGGCUCGGGAGGACGGUGGCUUGGGUUUGAUUUCGAUUGGCGACAUCGUUCAUUCGGUGGCGCUUCGAUUUUGGGAUGCUGUGGCGGGCUCGGACGAGGCGAUCUGGGCGCCCCUAGCUCGCGAGAGCUGGAGGUCCCUCGUCGCUGCGACCCGCGAUUUCAGUCCGUGGGGGUUCUUCAGCAGCACGGCUCGGGUCGAGAAGCUGUAUCGCGACUCGACGCGCUGGGGGGCAGUCGUUGCAGCGGCCAGGGUCACAGUUCCAACCAUCAAGUCCGAACUCCUUACGCUUCCCGAAUUGCUCUCGCUUCCGCCUCGCCUCCCUUCACUCUAUGCUGAAGGUGCCCAGCACGCAUAUGACGAUGCGGACGCGGUGGCGAAGUUUGCGCAGAUCGCGGACCUGUACUGGAGGGACGAAGGGAAGGGAUGGGCUCUGGUUGGUCAUCGACGCGGGUUCUGGCAGCACUCUAAGGAACCCGCCCUACAGCACGAGCACGUGUGGUCGCGCGUGGGUCAGUUGCUCAAGGCGAAAGCGUUGCUGCCCAAGACCGCGUUGCGACCUGCUCGGAUACCUCUCAAGGAGGCUCCCCGUCCUCGGUGCUUCAACUUCUUUGGGCUCUCCCGACCUUUUACGAUUCGCAAGCUUCGUCGGCUUGUGAACAAGGUGCGGUUCCCAGGGAGGGAGGACCGUGUCAAGCGUUUCCCUGAUGGGACUUCUCAGAGCGAUAGGAAGCGCUUCUGGAGAUGGCUUCAUGACCGGUUCGCGUCUGCUGUCGAGCAGGACACCCACUGGCGGCUCAUGUACGACGUGACGCCGACGCGCAAGAGGCAGCAUACUCAGGGUCAUGCCUCUUCGCCGACGUGUCUGUUCUGUGGCAACGAUGCAGCGGUCAUCGAGACGGUGUCCCACUACUUUUUCGAGUGCGCGUACUCGACCAGCUUCUGGGGUGGGGUGCUACGCAUUCUGCUUGACAAGCUCGGCAUCGAGGAUACCGACGUCGAUCCGUCGACGUUCACUCCGGAGCAGCUGACUAUGGGGCUCCCCCUUUUGCGGGGUCGUGGGAGAACGACCUCGAAAUGGAUGUGGGUUCGGCUGGCCUGCGCGAUCGGCUUCCAGCGGCUGCACUUGCUCCGCUGGCGCGUUCAUCAGCGGUUCGAGCUGGACAACGUCGUGGCCCCUCCCUCGCUUCCCAGUGCGCUCAGAGCGUUCGAGCGAGAUUUUCUCUCUCGAGCGGGUUUUGUGCCUGGGGUUCGAGAUUGGGAGGUGUGAUGACCGAGUUAAGUCCUUCCUUCCCAUUUUCCUCCCCUCCUUUCCUCCCUUCCUUUUCGGUCAGAAGCUGACUGUCUUGAAACUUGUUGCGCAGUGGAAGGCUGCGCACCUCUCCCUCUCUCUACUUUGCGCAGUAGCGAUUUUCGUUCUUGGAUGGAUCGGCAAGCCGGGUCGAUCGUCGUUGCGUUGGAGGCUUUGUGAAGUUCUCCCCUCUCUUUCCCCUUUCUCCCUUCCCUUCCUCUUCUCGUUCCUGUUGCUCGGUUGUUGACUACGCUUCAGCCACUUCUCCUUUUAUUCCUAAGCCGUGUGUUGGAUUCCGUCGAAUAGAUCGUUCGUUCGCGUUGGUCAAGAUCUACGGCAUGGAUCGGGAAGAAAGGUCGCUCGUUUUUUUGGUCAAUAUCCUCGCGUCAAGGCGAGGCUUGUUUCGUUGUAUUGGAUCGUUUUCGCUCGGCCCCGACGGCUCAACAGCCAGCACUCGAGACUCAGCCAAGGGAGGACAUCAGGCGCUGUCGGGGUGACGAGUAG